AUGGUCGGGACUGGCGUAAUAAUCUUAACAGUAUUGUGGUUGACAGCCCUAAUCAUUUGGCUGUUCGCCGUCCGUAUCGGAGGGAAAGUUGCAUUUGCUGCCGUCGGUACAUUUUUCCUGGCCCUGAUAGUCACAAUAACAUUAUGGUUGAUGCCUAAAGGCCCUCUCCCUGAAGAUAAUCCGGACAUUAGUUACGAUACUUCAUACGCAGGCCGAGUUGUACUGUUGUUCUUCUGUUGGCUGAUGGCCGUCUUAGGACUUGUUACAGUAGCGCUGAUUCAAUUGUUUCAACAGCAUCAAGCUGUGUCAAUAAAAACGUUUUAG